AUGAAUCUGGAAAAACGUGCUUAUCUGAAGACUCCUGGUGUUCCUGAAGCAGAAGUUACUUGGUUUAAAAACAAGGUCAAGUUGUCCUCUGCUUACCAUCUACAUGAUGGGUUGCUGCUAAUUGCAAAUGUUUCUCUGUCAGAUCAGGGAUUGUACUCAUGCAAGGCAGCCAAUCUUCGUGGGGAGGUAACUGAAAGCUCCCAGCUGUUGAUUCUUGAGCCUCCACGACCUCUUCCUUACCUAGAAGACUUGACAGCAGUGCUUUCCAGUGCUGGGACCAGGACUCGUUCAGUGCUGACCUCUCCUUCAGGAACAAAAAUGACUAUCAGUCCAGACAGCUCUGCUCUCAUAGGUUGUGCUGUGGAUGGUCAUCCAACCCCGAAUAUCACCUGGCUUUACUCUGGCGAGCCUCUCAGUCUGCGGCAUCACCUCCUGGCAGCAGGACGGAUUCUUCAGAUACUAAACAUCAGUGAUGCCCCUGAUGGUGAAUUCAGCUGCCUGGCUCAGAAUGAGGCUGGCUCACUCACACAAAAAACGUCCCUGGCUAUACAAGAAUAUCAGUGGUCAGUAGACAAGCUGAUGGCUUGUUCAGCUUCCUGUGGCCACAAAGGUAUGCAGCUGCCCCAGCUGAGGUGCUUACUGGAUGGGGCUGAAGUCAACAUAUCCCACUGCAAAGAGAAGCCCAAGCCAACCAUGCAGCCCAUCGCAUGCAACAGGAGAGACUGCCCUUCACGAUGGAUGGUAACAUCGUGGUCUCCUUGCACACAGAGCUGCGGUGGAGGCAUCCAGAUGCGGCGAGUCACAUGUCAGCGCCUGACAGCAAAAGGCAGCUCUGUCCCAAUGUCAAAUGAGGCUUGUGCCCAGGUGUCCAAGCGCCCUGUGGACACACAGAACUGUAACAGGCAACCCUGUGUUGAGUGGGUGGCCUCCUCCUGGGGCCAGUGUAAUGGGCCUUGCAUUGGACCACGGCUGGCUGUACAGCACAGACAAAUAUUGUGCCAGACCAAAGAUGGGACCUCUGUGUCAUCGGAUCAAUGCAGUGUCUUACCAAG